UGCAUCAGGGUGACGGUGGUGUGAUCAGGGAGGAAGAAGAGGAGAGGUGUUCACCGAGUCCACACAAGCACCUGUGCGCUUUUAUUCUGAAAGUCUGCCCCCCUCACCUGUGCGCAGCAGGUACCACAGAGCUUCACUUUUAUUCUGGAGCCUGUGGAGACGGACGUGUGUUCCAUCCCCCGCACAGCCGUGGAUCGAGUCUCCCUCCUCGGUGUCUUCAUGGAGAGGAGGCUGAGCAAUGCGCGCCCAGCAUGGCUGUGGCUCCAGCAGCGACCACCCAGGGACCGGUAUGGCUUUUAGCCGCAUCCGUAAACUGGACGCCCCGUCCCGCGGCAUCUUCCGGAGAGCGGCGGUCAUGCUCGGCUCCCUCCUCGCCUCCCUCUUCCUCCUGCACUGCCUCACCGACCGCUGCUGCACCAUCACCCCCGCGUCCGCCUCCGCCUCACCGGGCCAAGCCUCCUCCUCCUCCGGGCGGCUCUUCGAGGACCUGAGGUCGCUGAGGACCAAGCGGCUGGUGUACGAGUGGACCCCCGGGUCCGCGCGCUCCUCGCCGGUGCUCGCGGACCCGCUGGCCGGGGAGUCGCUCCUCCUGCCGCCCCCGGAUCUAGUCGCCUCCAGGAAAGUGUCGCCGAGGUUCGCAGGUAAACUCAGUCCGCUCGGGGAGGGGAGCAAGAAGCUGCCGCAGGCUCUCAUCAUCGGGGUGAAGAAGGGAGGCACCCGGGCUCUGCUGGAGUUUCUCCGGGUUCAUCCGGACAUCAGGGCCGUGGGAGCGGAGCCGCACUUCUUCGACCGCAACUACGAGAACGGGCUGGAGUGGUACAGGGAGCUGAUGCCCAAGACCCUGGAGGGCCAGAUCACCAUGGAGAAAACCCCCAGCUACUUUGUGACCAGAGAGGUCCCCGCCCGGAUCUCCGCCAUGUCCCGGGACACCAAGCUGAUCGUGGUGGUGAGGGACCCCGUCACCAGGGCGAUCUCCGACUACACACAGACACUGUCCAAGAAGCCCGACAUUCCCUCCUUCGAGAGCCUCACCUUCAAAAACAGGACUACGGGGCUCAUCGACACCUCGUGGAGCGCCAUCCAGAUCGGCAUCUACGCCAAGCACCUGGACAACUGGCUGCAGUACUUCCCCAUGGGCCAGAUCCUGUUCGUGAGCGGCGAGCGGCUGAUCAGCGACCCGGCCGGAGAGCUGGGCCGCGUGCAGGACUUCCUGGGGCUCAAGCGCAUCAUCACGGACAAACACUUUUACUUCAACCAGACCAAGGGUUUCCCGUGCCUCAAGAAGGCCGAGGGCAGCAGCAAGCCCCACUGCCUGGGAAAAACCAAAGGGAGGACCCACCCGAACAUUGACCCCGAGGUGGUGCAGAGGCUCCGGGACUUCUACCGGCCCUUCAACAUGAAGUUCUACCAGAUGACGGGACGUUUCUUUGGCUGGGAAGACUGAACGGGACACUGAGGACUGUCUGAAAAUACCACGAUGGACGAGGGAGGGCCACUUUCAGAGGGAAAAACUUUUGGGAACAAAUUCGUGACAUUUCAAGAAAUAGCACUAAUAUUUUUUCAAAAAGUUAUAAUUUUAGUUUAAGUACAUUUUGUAAAUAUCGGGAAAAUUCAGUUGUGCAGUCAAAACACCAAAAUACAAGCAAAGCUAAACCUUGGAGAUUUAAUCUGAUGUAACCGAUCAAAUUCUAAUAUUUGGUUAUAUUCUCAAAAAUAAAUGUAUAAAUUUAGUCUCAAAAUAUUUUCUCAUAGAUUUAUAUUUAAUUUAAUACUCAUUGUAACAUUGAGGCUUUAUUUUUGUGCAUUUAUUCUUUAAUUUUUUAUUAUUAUUUAAAAACAAAUAUAUAUAUAUAUAUAUGAUUCAUAUAAUAAAAUCAUAAUCAUAUAUUGAAAUUAUUUAUUCCUACAAAUUAUGAAUGUAGUAAUUGUAAAAGAAAACAAGAUCUUAUAUAACAGCCAAUGGAAAUUAUAGGCCUUUUUUUUUCCAGAAAUAUUCUAAUUUGUUUUUCUCAUAACACCAUUAUUUCUGUAAUAUUAUAAACUUUUCUCAAACUUUCUGACUUUGCUCUGUGGACUUUCAGAGACGUUUCGACUUGGUUGUCAAAAUGUUUCCUCCCCCGACAGUGUCCUCGUCCCUCUGUCGCAGGAAGUCGGCCUCGCCGCUAACCCUAAGCAAUAUGUGGCUGCUACAGGAGGGAGGAAGGGCCCAUCUCUCCUCAGUGGCGGCCCUGAUAUGCAAUCUUUCACCGUUCCAUUUUCCAUCAUCAGCGCUGCCUCUAAUCCACAAUCAUGGAGAUGUUUUCAUCCGAGAAAAAAGACGAUUGAGUUGUUGAGGGGUUUUCGUCAUGUCUCCCUGCACUAUCUGAAGAAACGCUUCUUCCUUUUACUUUUUAUUUUUUAACUCCGAAGUCCUCGUCUGCGAGAGAGAACUAUGAUAUGCAGUGCUUCUGUAAGAAGAUGUGUUCAGGGGCUUUUGAUAAAAGCUCUUACUGAGUGAUUUAAUGCCAUAUUUUAAACAUACAUAGCUGCUUUCAAAACAAUUUUUCUAGCAAAAAGAAUAUAAAGAAAAGAUAAAAAUAUAUGUAUUUUUGAAAUGUAUUUAUUCAAGAGGAACACACGCAGUAUGUUUGUAUUUUGAAUAACUCCUCAGUGAUUAUUUGCUCUUGUGUUAUUACGCUCCCCAUGCCUUUAGAGUAUUGUUUGUUUUAUACUGAAACGCUAAAAACGUGUGUUAAUUUCAGGUCAUCCGUUCUAACAUGUAUCUGCUGCACAGUGCGUGGACACGUGUGGUCUGAGCCUCCAGCGUCAGAGCUGUGACCGUGUUAUUUCAAGGGUUGUUUCCCCACCUUCAGUUAAUGAAGUUAAAGGCAAAGAUAGCACUCGCGAUUAUUCAAGCACCGGUGACUGCGGUGGAGGUAGGAGACCUCCGCUUCGCCUUCCCAGACCGCGACUCGAGUUUCCUCAACAUGCCUCCUUGUGAAUUGAAUACACUUGAUGUCACUGGCCUUCCUUGCCUCGAGGCAGUGUGUGUGUGUGAGUACGUGUGUGUGUGUGUGUGUGUGUGUGUGUGAGCGAAUGUGUGGAAGUCUUCUCAAACCCAGGGGCGCUUGAGAACAAUGGCUGAGUUGUGUUCCUAAUUUCUCUCUACUUGUAUUGUGAGCCACUUUCUGAAAGCAGAUGUUCUUCAAAAGGCACAAAAUCAACAGUGUGUUUUUUGGGGGGGUGAGCAUCGGAAAACAACCUAAUAUACAUUUUGUCUUUUGGGGGAUUAUAUUACCAAUCUAACUGUGCUGUUCUGACUGUUGUUUACUCCGAGUUGUAGGGAUUUUUAAGGCACUCAUUGAAUAAAAGAUGUUAUAUGUAAACGUUUUAAUUAUAAA